AUGGCUUAUGAAUUUGAUGAUGAUGAACUUGUGCGAUUGACGAUUUUUGAUUCUGAAGGAGACUUUGAAUAUGAGUCAGAGUCAGAAGAUGACUCUGAAUCUAAAGUCGAGUCUGAUUCUGAAUAUGAGCCAGAAUCAGAAGAUGAGUCGGAAUCUGAGGGUUCUGAAGAAGAGUCAAAAUUUGAGGGUUUUGAAGUUGAAUUUGAGUCCGAAGAUGACUCUGAAGCUGAAAGAGAAGUUACCUCUGAACAGGAUUCUGUCUCUGAAGGUGACUCAAAAUUAGAAAAUAAGUAUGAAGGAAGAACUUCUGAAGAUAUAGAUUUUGAUUCUAAAGAUGAGUCAGAGCCUGAAAAUGACUCUGAGAGUGAGUUAGAAUCAGAAGGUGAGAUUGAUUUUAAGGAAGAAUCUGAUUCUAAUCUAGACUUUGAUGAUGAUUCCGAUUCUGGUGAUCUAGAUUCCGCUUGUGAUUUAGAUUCUGGUGGUAGUCCAGAUUUUGGGAAUAUUCAAGAUUUUGAUGGUGAUUCAGAUUCUGGUGGUAGUCUAGAUUCUAGGAAUAUACCAGAUUCUGGUGGUAGUCCAGAUUAUGGGAAUAUUAUAAAUUCUGAAGGUGGUCAUGCUUCUACAGUCAGUACUUUUGGAGUUCCAACAUCUGAUACUGUUCCAGAAUCAGAAGGUUAUGAACAAGUCCAGGGGCCACAAAGAAUCAGAAACAUUUUGAGAAGGUUUGUAGAGUUUAACAUGCUACAAGAUAUUGAAGUAGAUUUUGAAGGGGAAGUUAUUCAGUGUGUCAUGUUAGUAGACUUUGAACGCGUAAGUACGGAAGAAGCUCUCAAGUAG